AUGGUCAAAGGUGCCAAACCUACAUCAUCAGCUGCCCCUGCUAAAACAGCUGCAUCUGCUACAGUAGGCAAAGGAGGCAAACCUCGACAGCAAGAUGAAAAAGCAAUUGAUGAAACUUUCGAGCCAUUGAAACUUGAUAUCAAAGGUGCUCAAACAGCUGUUGUAUGUUUACGAAGUGCAGAAGAUAGUGUUUUAAUCCGAGCAUGUGAUGCUUUAUUUAAAUAUGCUGAAAAGAGUGAUGCAAAUAAAUUAAUGUUACAUGAGAUGGGCGCAACUGAUACGUUAUUUACAUUAACUCAUCAUGAAAAUCAAACUGUACAACGAAAUGCAACAAUGGUCUUUGGAUUACUAUCUGCUCAUCCGGAUAUCCGACGACAUCUUCGUAAAAUCGAUUGUAUUCCACAUAUGAUUUCACUUUUAACACCUGAAAAUGAACCAUUAACAAAUGAAUUUGCUGUUUAUUGGCUUCGUUAUAUGUGUAGUGAUUAUUCAACGAAAUCUCAAGUACUUUCAUUAAAUGUUCUUCAACCAUUAAUAAGAUUAAUUAGUGAAGCGGAUCCCGAUAUUAAAUUUAAUUCUCUAUCAACAAUCGAUCAUAUACUUGAUGAUUUUCAUGCACGAAGUCUUGUUCGAGAAUUAAAUGGUAUCGAACCAAUAUUAAAUAAUCUUAAAUCAGAAUUUCCGCAAAUAACCGAAACUGUUUGUAAUUGUUUACAAAAAUUAGCAACUGAUCCAUUUAAUCGUGCAGUUAUCAGAGAUAUUGGUGGACUAGAUAAAAUGAUCGAUUUCAUUGGUUUAGAUGAAACAAAAGAUGUUCAUGUUCAUUGCUUGAAUGCUUUAGCAAAUCUUUUAGAAGAUACCGAAUGCCUUGAUCUUAUUCAAUCAAAUGGUGGACUUAAACGAUUGAUGCAAUUCGUACAAGACAGUGUUGUACCAGCUGUACAAGCAGCUGCAGCUAAAGCUAUUGGACGUGCUGCUCGAAAACCGCAAAAUCGAAAAAUUUUUGCAGAACAAGAUGCUGAACGUGCUAUGGUAUUUCUUUUACUUAGUGAAAAUGAUGAUGUACGCAUAGCAGCAUGUCAAGCAUUGGCGGUCAUGGCUGAAAGCAUGCUAAGCCGUGAAACUAUUCGAAAUAACGAUGGUAUUUUAACACUUGUACAAAUGAUGCAAAAAGAAAAUCCACGUUUACGCGAAUUUUCUACAUUGGCUAUGUCGAAUUUAACACAAAGUAAUCCAAAUAAUAUUAGGGAAUUACAAGAUCAAGCAGGUCUUGACGUAUUAAUUGGUUUAUUGAACGAUGAAAAAGAUACAACAAAAGCAUAUGCAUGCGUCACAUUGGCAAAUUGUUCAACUGAUCAAGUUGUGCGCACCAAUAUAUUGGAGAAAGGUCUUAUCAAAAAUCUUCUUGCACCAUUACAAGCAAGUUAUGAAUUAGCACAAGCAAAGGGUGCUAUGGUUUUAUCAGCUUUUAGUAUCGAUCAAAAAGCUCGCGAAGAUAUAUUAAAAAAUCAAGCUAUUAUUCCCCAUCUUGUUAGCUUAUUAAAAUCAAAUCAUGAUGAAGUUCGUCGUAAUACCUGUUUUGCUAUCACUGUUCUUUGUGUAGAACAAACUAUAGCUAUUGAAAUUCUUCGUAAUGGAGCACUCGAAAUAAUACGUGAUUUAAAUACAUCUGAAUCACGUAAGAGUAAAUUUACGGAAAUGGCCUUACAAAAGAUUCUUGAUAGUCAUUUAUCAGCAAAAUAUUCUUAUCUGGGACAAUUAGAGAAUAAUAAUAUUACAACCGAUGGAUUCUAUGAUAUGGGACCAGUUCGAGAAGGAGGAAAAUUUUUAACUAUUGAAGAACUUGCAGCCGAAGAAGUAAAUGAUCGUCGACCAAUUUUACUUGUAUAUGCACCUGAAAAAAAAACUAAAAUCGUUAUUGUUACACCUACAGAAACUGGAUCUGUCACUUCAUGGUCUGCUACUACAGGAGGAUCUUAUGGCGAUGAUAUCUAUCGAGUGCCAUCUUCUUCUGAUGAUAUUCUUUCUACAUCAGCAACGCCGGUGAAAGGUUCGGAAAGCAAAGAAAAACUAAGUACUGGAGUAAGCGGACGUAAUGCAAAAACACCGAAAUCAUCGAGUAAAGAGAAAGAAGGGAAAACCUCAGUAGAUCAAUCCAGUCGCGCAAAGAAAGAUAAAACAAGUGAUAAACGAGAUUCAUCUGAAGACAAAAAGCAUGGUGAACGAGAAUCAUCAGAAACAACUGCUGAUUUGAAAUCAGGUUACAAACAAACGAUUGAUCAAGAUUUUCAAAUGUAUCUUGAUGAAAUUCAUCCUCAAAUUUUGAGAGUACCAUUGUCAGAACAAAUAUCGACUUUAGCAAGAUUUGUCAGUGAGAAAAUGGGUGGUACAAUAUCACCGGAUGAUGUAGCGACGUUUGGAUACGAAGUUGCAAUGAAUCAAUUGAAAGCUGAACUUCAUUCAAAUGUUGUACCGAUUGGUCGAGUACGAAAAGGUAUUCAUGCUCAACGAGCAUUUCUAUUCAAAUCGUUAGCUGAUCGAAUUGGAAUACCAUGUACAUUAACACGUGGCAAUUAUAAUCGUGCUUGGAAUGAAGUUGUUGUUGGCGAAUCGUCUGGGGGUGUUCGAUAUCCAGCUAAAACAUGGAUUGUCGAUUUACUUCAUGAACCAGGUCGACUAAUUCUUGCCAAUUCGUCUGAUGCUCGCUCUUAUACAAUACUCAAUUAA